CUAUAAAGAAAAACCAAACAUAUGUACUUGAUAUUAUAAAUUUAUUGGCAAAUCACUAUACUCACUAUACUGCUGAUUUUCUUAAACAACAGUUUGAAAAAAUUUUUCAAUCCAAUUUAGUUUCUAUUAAAUCAUCUGUUAUUGUAUAUGUAACUGACAACCCUUCAGUAAUG